AUGCCUAGAGUUGAAGGUAGACCUGGUUCAUCUAUGGAACCUUUAGAUUUUGAAAAUCUCAAAAAAUCCCUUGAAAGCACUUAUGAUAACAUAACGGAACGUGAUGUCAUGAGUGCAGCUCUUUACCCUAAAGUCACAGAAGAUUAUUUAACAUUUAGAGAAAGUUUUGGACCUGUUGAUAAAUUAAAAACUAGAAUAUUCUUAACAGGGCCCAAAGUUGGUGAAGAAUUUGAAGUAUCUAUAAGUAAGGGGAAAACAAUAAGUGUGAAAGCUUUGGCCAUGAAUGAAAAUUUAACAAAAGCAGGAGAAAGAGAAGUAUUUUUUGAAAUGAAUGGACAACUAAGAUCUGUAAUGGUUAAAGAUAAGGAAGCUGUUAAGGAAAUACACUUACAUCCAAAAGCAAACAAAAGAAAUGAAAAAGAAAUAGGAGCUCCAAUGCCAGGUGAAGUUAUUGAUAUAAAAAUUAAAGCAGGAGAUGUUAUUGAAAAAGGAGGAGCCCUAAUUGUUUUAUCAGCAAUGAAAAUGGAAAUG